CAUGUCAACUGUUAUUUUAUGGACUUUGAUAAGAAUUGUGAUGGUUUUAAAAGAUCAUAAUUCAGAUAGUAAAUAUGGUACAAUGAGUAUUUUGGAAAUUUCGAUCGUGAACAGCAGCCGACGCAUAAGUAUUUUGAGGAAUUCUUGACCAUCGAAGGAGAAGAUGAGUUGAAAUGAAGAAAUUCCAUAACCCGACUGAUAUUCAACAAAAAGAGAGCCAAGAGCUCUCAAAAAAACUUUAUCGGAUCAUAGGCGAACAAGCCAAACUGCUGGACGAUGCCCGCAGCUGCGUUCGCACCAUCUCGGACCUUUUCACGCCCAUUCUGCAGGCUCAACGCCGGAAAUUCUGCGACUACUGCGACCGGUUGAUUUUCUGCGAACCUCUGCUCUAUGGCCGCCGUGGCGAAGAACUAGUAUGGCGUAAAGGGUUUUACGAAGUAAUUUACACCGCGAAGAAACUGAAGAAGGCGGAACUUAGCAGCGAAGAGAUCGGCAGCAUUCAGUCCCACAUUAACUCAGGCAUCGGCUUCUACCAUCACAUGCUGCUGAAGCUGAAUUACCAGUUCCAAAUCCCCUUGAGCAACGUGAUCGACUGCGACAUGCUACUGGAUGAUGCUGAGGCCUCAGAAGUGACUCCCGAGCUGAAGCAAUGGGCCAAACAGGCAAUCCAUCAGUGCCUGAUCUACAUGGGGGAUUUAUCCAGAUAUCGACAGGAGCUGGAGCCUAGUUUGGGCUCAGCAGCUGCCACUCGCUACUAUUUGCAGGCGGCAACAUUCCGGCCAGAAUCCGGCAUGCCUUACAACCAGAUGGGCACCCUUGCAAUGCAUCAGCACAAUCUACUGGACGCCGUUUAUUACUACAUGCGAUGUCUGGCCUGCAAGAUGCCCUUUGAGGGCACAUCGAACAAUCUGCAGAAUCUGUUCGAGAAGAAUUCCAAGUUCAUCGAACAAUUGCCCAGCAUCGAUGAGGACGCCGACUGUAUUAUCGAGCCGGAAAAGUCGGAGACUAUUAAGAGAUUCAUUGCUAGGUUCCUGCUACUCAUCGACAUUUGGUACUUCAAGAAAAAGGUGCCGAACGUCUACAGUCUGUGCCAUCAGACCUGCAAGAACUUGGAAGAGUGUCUGACCUUUGCAAAGCCCACGGCUAGCGAGUCUGGUGAUUCACCAACAACUGUAAUCGACUUGGACACCAGCAACUUAACUGGGCAAAUGAUUUUCCGAGUGGUGCUCAUUUGCCUGCUGGCCAUUUCCAAGCUACACUCGAUCAAUUCGCCCACUUUGUCCACCCUGGUCGCCUUUACUCUCAGCAUUUAUUCGCAGAUUAUCAUGAAAAUGGUCAAUCACAUUGAAGAAGCCGUGCUGAACUAUCCGCUUUCAGACGACAGUAGGAAAUCUGAUGGCGUUCUUAAGGAGAUGAUGCAGUUGAGCAAGAAAAAAUCCAUUUCUAAGCUAAGGAGACGAAAAGUGCUCAGAACUGAGAGCGAUGAGGAGUCGGACUUGAGCGAAAACGACGCCUUGGACUGCAGCAGCUCGGACGAUUCUUUCAUUUCCGACGCUGAAGAUGUUCGGGUGGUGGAGUCCUCAGACGAAGAGCUCGAUGUCAUUAAGCUUCCAGGCGAUAAAUCAAAGCGCAAUGGCUUUACGAAACGAAAGAUCCUCGACGAGCCAAAGAACAUGACGUCCAUCCUGAAGAAAGUCCAGCGAAUGGAUGUGAAUGUUAUGCUGGAGAUUAUCAAUGAAGAGGGACUGUUACAAAGCAUCCGCGCCGUUAACGAUUGGCUGAAAUCCAGCCAGGAGAUCAUCAAAUCGUGCGCUUCCAACACCAAGACGCUGAUCAAGCAGAUCGUUUCCCUAAGCAAUCUGGUGAAUCUCAACCUGGCCAAGGUUCACGACGUAAAGUUCCAGAUUGCGGAACUGAUCCAGGGAGAGCACAAAAUGCCACUGACUGAAGACGUUGUGCUCAAGGGCAUCGACAUUGUCCAGGACGCCCAGAAGGAAUACGACUGGGACUAUUUGUUGAAGAAAAAUGUGACUAGUACGGAAGAGGCCACAAUUCGCAUUCUGAAGAUUAUUUCGUUCGGCAAGUUCCUGUCGAAGAUCCAGGAGACGGCAGUCAACUACGAUGAGAACAGCAACGUGUUCACGUGCAAGCUGAGCGAAAACGACGAAGAAGAACAAGGCCUAUCGGCCGCAGCCUUAAUGGAAGAACUGGAGCGCGAAGAUGAAAGUUCGGCGGUAGCCAAAACCAAUGGGGACGUUAAGCCGGAGAACGGCGGACAAAUGAGCAAGAUGAAGAUGAAGCACAUGGGCCAUCUGUGGUUGGCUGCGGAGGUGCGCGCCCUGGAAACCCGGGUGGGUGGCACCAAAGUCGCCCUUUCCCCAUACCUGGUAGUGGAUGCCGACGCUCUUAUUAAAUCCACGCAUAUGGUGAAGCAACUGGUCUACUCGCGCCAGUUCAUCUUGAUUGUGCCCGCAGCUGUGGUUUCGGCUUUGGACGACUUGAAGAAGGAUAAAAUUGAAGCCCGAGACGCCAUUCGCUGGUUGGAGUCGCAAUUCCACAGGGGAAACCGAUUCUUCAGGUCGCAGCGUCCCAACGAACGGACCCCCAUUCCCUACGUGAAAUACCCGAAGAAAAAGGGCAAGGAGAUGCACGUCUACAUCCAGAUCAUCGAGUGUUGCCACUACUUUACCGAUCAGCAAAAGGACGCCUCGAACGUGGUGACUUGCUUGAUUGGCGCCAGUCACAGCACGCCGCUGAACAGCGGCGACAACAAAGAGUUUAGCUACGCGGGUCUGGCAAAGUCAGUGGGAAUUGUACUUGAACCGAUUGCCAGUUUCUACGGGAAAUGGAAGAAAAGCAAGGGCAACAGGUGAGAGGCGCAGCGAAACCCUUGGAGCUCCAGCUGAUGAUCGAGGCGUGGUCACGAUGCCAAUGUGAACCCCCCGGCCAAUUGAAACGCGUUAUUUUUUUUUUAAUUUUGCUAGUGUUGUGCUGCAUUUUAUUCAAUAAAGAAAGUUGGUUCGUUAA